AGUAUAAAGGAUUUUCACAAAUUUCAAUCCGUGCUAAAAUUCUUUGGCAAGUGCGCAAGCCUUUACAGAGUACCACUGUUGCGCUAAAGAAGACACAUAAUGUGCGCGUUCACUUUGGAUUUCAAUCAUGGUGUUAUCCACUAUGAGUUCACGUCAAUAUACUAUUUACUCUUCAGGUCAACAGUCAACAUUCCGGAGAAUGUGGUGCCUUCAAAGGCACCAAAAUCCACGUUAACAUGUAAAAAAAUUAAUAAUUUAUUUUUGAACAAUUGAAUGGUUGUCGAGAUGGCUGAAUGUAAUGAUUCAAAAUCCAAUGACGAUUACAAUAAUUCAAUAUCAAAAAGUCAAAUAGAAAUAAAUGAAUGUUUGAGUAGUUGGCUUACGUAUCUACAGAUGCUCAACAAUUUAUGCUCUGCUGGUACAAAACUAGCUCAAUCAUUACAGUCAAUAUUAUCAAGCUAUGAGACAACAAUUCAUUGUCGGCUUACGGGUCAGUGUCUUGCUGGUUGGGAAGAACUUACUAGAGCGACAAGUAUAGCAAGUAACACCGUUAAACACCAUGUGAUUGCGGCCUUGAGAGACCAUGAAGUUCGAGACAGUGAUGUUGAGAAACAUGACAUUCUUCGGGACAAUCUCUUGACCUUUAUAAAUUUACAAUAUCAAUUUUGUGUAGCUUGUUGUGAAUGUUUAGGUGGAAUGGCAGAAUGUUCAUGCUCUCAAUCAGGAAAAAAUGAAUGUGAUAUUGCAGCCCUUCAACAAUGCUUUGAACGCCUUCAUAGUCCUCAAACACCAGUUUCAUUAUCAUCAGCUCAACAAAAUAGUCACAGAUCUCCAUUGAGGUAUCCUCUUUUUCCUCUACAGGUUCAGAGACGAUGGUCAGAGACUGCAGCCGCAGAAAUGUCGGGAGAAUCUAAUGAAAAUAUCAUGAGAAGGUGGUCAAUGCCUUGGGACUGUCGUCAUGUCUCAGAAUGGCCUCGACAAGAAGAAAAGUCUAGAUUAAGAGUUCCCCAUCGUGACCGAAGUAGGUCUACUACACCAGAUUCUGUGUGGAAAUCAUCCGGAAUAACUAGUCAAGACGGUCUUCAAGAGGCUAUACAAUUACUCUCUUGUCGACCAGGUGUAAGACCAACUACUCAAUUAUCUGCUUUUUCAAGUCAGUAUAUUCCUAAUGUUACAUUAACGACUUGUCAUUUUGAAGCUAAUUGGCCAGAUUCUAAACAAAUUGGACCUCUGAAAUGUUGGCCUCAAGAUUCACACUCUAGUGAUCAUUCAGACUACUCAGGACCGCGAGAAAGUGACCAAAGUUGUUUGAGCAGUGACCAUAGAGAUUCAGAGCACAGUACUGGAGGUACUGUCAGUCAUCGAGGUAGCAAAGAUCGUAUUCACUCGUACAGUGAGCAUAGCAGUCACAGAGAUGUUGAUGGUUCUGGAAUGAAUGAUGCUCUUCCAUCACGAAGAAGUUCAUCAUCAACAGAUUCUUGUUUAUCAGCAACGAGCAGAUCGGGUUCAGAAAGUGCUGGUGCAGGGGAAUCCUCAAGAUCUCAAAUAUAUUCAAUGUGGAGUGGAGACUUGCCAUUCAUAAAAUUACCAGAAAGUAAUGAAGUUAAUGAUCAACGGCCUCCAACAAACUAAACAAUCAUUAUCAUAAUUUAAUAAUUAUAAUCAAUUAAUCGAUUUAGCAAGUUUAAAAAAAAUUAUAUAAAAUGUAUGAAAUAACGUGGACCAAUUUCGAAGAUCAAAGAUCUACAGGCGGAGAGCAAUCAUUAACUUCUUAUCAUAUCUAUGAUACAUAAUAUAAUUAUGUAGAUGCAAUAUAAAAAUGCAUAUCGAUUAUGCAUUAACUGUGUUCUCUAAUUAUUUAAAUUCGAUAAAUGUAUGCAAGUGAUUAGAAAAUCUUUGUUAUGUCAUUAAAAAGAGAAAGUACAUAUAAUAGAUAAUACGGACCAUAUUAUAUGGUACUAAUGUUUAUUAGUUGGUGUACCGAAUCAUAAAAAUAGAAAAAUUUGAAAAAAAAA